AUGGCAGUGGCAGAAGCAUGGCGACGUUGGAGACUUGAAGUAAAGCUUGUAACAGGAGUGCCUCUGGGCCAAGAGCGCAAGCUACCAAGUCCAUCGGUUGCGCUCUUAGUGGUCCCGGCGCCUGGAAAUGCUGCUACUACUCUUAGUGUGUUGCCGAAGAAGCGCUUUGGUUCGUUUCAACUGCCUCAAAAAACCAGAGCUGCACGACUGCUUUGGAGUCGUCGAGAAACGGGAGCAAGGCUCCAUCUCCGUGAGCCUGGCUGGAGGUGCUUUAGUGCAAGGUGUGACGGCCCAGACGUCAGCUUGGUGACCUUUGAAGAAGUGCCGGCCAGCGUGAAAGAAGUGCUUGGUGAACAGCUGAAGGCUUUGCAAGCUCAGCAAGGAAGCGUCUUUGGCGGGAAGUCCGAAGGGCCAGAAGGGCCGCCGGUGCCAGAGCAGGCUGCUUUGCCCCAAUGCAAGGGCAUGAGAACAUGCUGGAGCAAGCUAAGAAGGUCAAGGACCUUCUGGUGCAGUGGCAUGCGCGAUCGGCUCUGCUACCUGUGUGGGCGAAGUCCUUCUGGCAAGACAAGAGGUCGGCCUUCUGGAGCCUUUGGAAAGAAGGUUGAAAGUACUUCUUUUCGCUCAGGGCUACUUGGGACCCCGCCGCGUUUCAAAGAACUCAAGGAGAAGCUCGAGGAGUUAGCUGCGGCAGGUGCUGUCUCGCACUCGUUAGAUGCCUUCCGGGCUCAAGAGAGCCUGGCGUGGCAGGACGAGGGAGAUGACGGCCCGGAGGGCUGGGAGGCCUCUUUGCCUCCGGAUCUCAAGCGGGCUGGGCCCGAGAUCUAUGCGUCUAUGAAGGCAUCCGGGGUGCGAUGCGUUCGCGACUGGGUGAACAGCAUGUUCAGCGUAGAUCAGAGACACUCUGCUCAUUAUGUGGAUCUGUUCAACCUGGCGUCCCUGGUCGAUUUCAAGGCGAAAGAGGGAGGCACGUCGCAGGCGAAGAUCCUGAGCAUCAUCGCACAGGAUGACACCUGUGAGGUGGCGCUGCGCCGCCUAGCGGCCUGGAUUCAUGAACGGCGCACCGGGGACAAGGAUGCCGCGCAGAGCAUGCUUGCGAUCAAGCCGUCUUCUUUCUCCUCGGAUGUGGCGCCGAGCUGGUUGGUGACGGAAGCGGCUUCUUACAGCCAAUCGGAGCAUAAGCGUCGGGAGCGCGCGCGCGCGCAGGCCGGUGGUCACCAGGGUGGGGGCAACAGCAAGGGCGGCGAGCCCAAGGGCGGAAAGGGCAGAGUCGGCAUCUCCGAGACUUCGAAAGAGGUGGCGGGAGAGACUGUUACUGUGGAAGCUGGUUUCAAGGCAAUUCUGCGACGGCUUUGGGAUCACGCUAAGGUCUGUCGCGAGGGCCGCCGUCGGGAACCUCCGGUUGCUGAGUCAGGCGGCCAAUCGGCUGCAGUUCGGGUUGUCAAAGGAGCUGUUGCCGAAGAUGCCUACGCCAGGGUGCACAAGAAACAGAAUCAAGUUCCGCUACAAGCGCACCUGGUGGCCGAGCCCUCGGAUGACAGAGUUGUCGUCAUGCUGGAGGCUCUUCCUCGAUCAGAAGCUGAUUUUUAUAGCAAGGAGAACCAUUGCAUUGAGUUGACCGGCAAGUCGAGGCAACUGCAAGUUGAGAUUGAGGAGCAGUUUGCGUUUGUCGGAGGCACCCACGCAGAAUAUUGCAAAUAUUUUCAUCGUAACGAUUUACCGAACAACAUGUGGACAUGGAGGACUUUUGCAGAUGUCAAAGCCAUUGCUGGUUUUUCGUGUGUACCUAAGAAGGAUGGAAUCACGCAAAGAAAGCUUUUGAUGUGCUGCUCUUUCAACUUUUUGCUUUCUGAUGUUGAGGCUCGGUCGCGUUUAGGAAUGACGGGGGCCGGAGCCCUCUCGAGAUUGCAUUUGGAGCAGCCGGGUCUACAGGCUGCGGUGUGUGAUCAAUCCAACGCCUUCACGAGUGUGCUGGUGCCAGAGUGGAUGAUACCGUACCAGGCUGUCCCUCCGAUUCCGGCGGGUGAUGUGUGGGAGCUAUUGCCUCAGGCUCUCCGUGGCACAGUUGGGGUAUCUGAUUGGGUAUGCCACGUCAUCGAAGAGGAGUUCGUCAUCGAGAAGAGGCCGAUUGAGGGUUUUUUCGGGUGUUCGGAUGCCGAGUGGUGGAAGCGUUUC